AUGUUUUACUUCGUCAAAACUAAUGCCAUGGCCAUUGGCCUCAUAGCGGUCUCAGUGUCGACAGUGCUUGCGUCCACCUCUAUCCCAGAUCCCCCGUCUCCCGAGCCUGUCUCCAUCACCGCGCUGCCACUGCCACCAGUUGUUUCCAGCAACAGUACCGGCGCAUGCAGCAAGGAGAUCAACCCCAACGGGACCGGCUGUAUUGCCAAUGGUGUCUUCAACACCUUCCAGUCCGGUGACUUCCUUCCAGACGGCAAGCACGUUCUGGCCCAGGUCACCUUUGUCGGCGCCCCUGACGCUCCUGACUCGGCCAGUAUCUACUCGGGCAUGCACGUGAUUCUUGUCAAGGCUGACGACACCACGUUCCACAACGGCGAUCCUUGGAAGUGCGUGACGUGUGGCGUGCCGGCCGAGAACGCUGUCGGCAUCGACAAUGCGCAGUACUACUACCCACAGGCGUUCCGGGACGGCUCCCGCUUGCUGAUUGGGAAAAAUGUGCUGGACUGUGGCCCUCACCAGGUGGCAAGCGAGGAAUGCACGCCCAACAACACCUUUAUCUACCCGCUCUACUGGGGCGUCACAGCAGACGGGUCCGGGGCAACAGGGGCUCUCCGAGAGCAGAGGCUGCAUCCCGACAAUACGCACAUCGAGUUCAGCGCUUUUACGUUCAGCGAUGGCGUCUUGGGCGAGCUUGCGUACUUUGCUCGCAUCCGGUUCAACCCGUCGCCCAACACGGGCAUUCCAUUGGCACCGCGGUACGAUGUGGUCAAUGUCACGGGAUUGUACAGCACUGAGGAGCCGGCAUUCAUGAGCGUUGUUGAUGGCAACAGACUCGCCAUCAACUACUCGGCUAUCACCGUUGGCGAAUCACGCGGCUUCAACGGAGAUGGAAGUGAGAUCACCUACAUCGGCAAUUCAUGGGAGAGUUGCAACGUCGAUGUGUUUGCUGUUCAUCUGACAACAGGUGCGGUCCGCCGUCUGACGGACAACCCCGAAUAUUGUGACCCCGUGGCGUUCUCCCCGGACAACAAAUGGAUUGCCAUCAUGGACACACGCGGCAGUGGCCGACAAAUGUUCAUUGCCGGUAUGCGCGGUAUCCCGCCGCUUGUCGACAUUGUCGCGUCUGUGCUUCCCUCGUCGACCCGCAACAACGGCGUGCGGCGCUUCUUCGAGCCGUACUUGCUCGACUUUUACGGCGACCGCGGCGCUUACAACGGCCAGAGAAUCAUCCAGGACCGUGUGUAUGGCUUCAAGUACGUCAAUGAUAGCAACAACGGUGUCCCCGGUAGCGGCAGCAUCAGCGAUCCGGAGUGGAACGGCAUGGCCGACCCGCGCUGGUCACUGGACAGUACCCGCCUCGUCUUCUGGCAGACGCAUACCACCUCGCCCAACUGUGGCGGCACCAAUCCACUGCCAUGCUACCCGUCCAAGGAGCCCGGCGGCCGCGACUACCGCUUGUACGUGGCCACGUUUACGAGCCGCAAACCUAGUCUUCCCGUGCCCGUGUCAGAACACGAUGACGUCAUCCCUUGGGGCACGCCCUACGUCCCGGGAAGCGCCGUUCCCAAGAGCGACCGCCUUGCCUCGGGCAUCUACACACUGCACGGCAAGGCGUCAGGAUAUGCCACAGUGAACCUCACCUGGGGCAACACCACGUCCCAAAUUGGAACCGUGUCCGUUGAGUAUAGGAAUUGUUCUGACGAUGGACAUAGCUAUCUAAACGGCCAUGAGCGUGUUGCGGCGUCUGUUGCCAACGUCUAUGUCUUCUCAUUUGACUGGUAUUCGGAUUUUACCCAGUCCGGGUCCGUGAACGCGACGAAAAAGACUGGCCCCAGUGGGUACCAAGCCACGAUUAACGUGGAGGCCAACGUCUUGACAUCGAAUGGAUCACUCACUACGACGGUUGAUGGAGUCGAGUGGACAAGUCCGCUAAGUGGGACAUGA